AUGCGUCACUCUCCUCUCCUCCUCGCGUUACUACUGCUCGCACACCUCGUCGCCAUCUCCUCGUCGAAUCUCUACCGUUCAACCAUCGCAGACCGCAAGUCGCGCAAACUGCGCCCCUUCCCCCGUUACCGAACUCGUUCGUCACUCUUUCCGCGACACCCGACAGCGCAACAAACGUCGCUCGCUUCGAUUAAGCGACGGCUUCUCCCAGACGAAGGUUUCGCAACUGGUCGUCGUUCGCGAACCGUCGCAGAGCAGGAGUCUGCUUUUGAGCCGCCUCGAACUCGGCGUGGCGACUCGAAACCCGCCGCGCUUUUCCCUCGCAUUCCCGGGUCCCUCGCGAAAGCAGAGCUGAAUCCGGCUGUCGCAGCGUCGCAGCAGGAUUCGCGUGCGACGGAAGGCGACGACCCGAUAGAGCGUGCGAAUAUCGUGGGGAGAGCCGAGCUCUAUGUCGCGGAUGGCAUGGGAUCCGCUAAAGAGGCCUCAUCCUCGUUAUUAGCGUCCUCGGUGUUGACGGAGAAUAAUCAAAGCGGUCUACUAACGGAGAUCAAAGUGGGGCUGGAUGGUUUGGUCGUGGAAUCGCCAUGUGACACUAACGAGGGGUUCUGGGAGGAAGAUUCGGACUGGCCUCUUUAUAACGCGGGAGACUGCCCGCUCAUUUGGCACACUGGGAAUCAGUGCAUGGAAAACGGCAGGCCGGAUACUCUUUAUCAGCGGCUUCGAUACAAACAACCUCGGUGCCCCGCGCCGAAGCUCAACGGGAACACUUUGUGCUCGUUAGUGGCGAACAGGAGCAUCGCGUUUGUGGGCGAUUCGUUAACGGAGAACAUGUUCGAGUCGCUCAUCUGCCUGCUGCACCGCUUCCAUGGCUCCCCCACGCCUGUGAGCGUGGCGCAGCAGGAGCGCGUGUUGCGCUGGCCUGCCUGCAACGCCACUAUUGCCUUCUACUGGAGCGCCUAUCUCACCAACCUGUCGCUGAAGGUGCCAGGCGAGCAGAGCAAGGGCGGCCAGCUGGACCUCAGCCACGUGGACAUGCACUGGGGCCGCCACGUGGCAGAGCAUGACACGUUCGUGAUCAACACAGCCCACUGGUGGUCACCGCAGCGCCUCUGGCUAGGAGGCAUCCCCUUUGCUCCGCCCUACUCCUCCUUCGCCUCCCCCACCUCCCUCCUCUCAGCCUAUCGCACCGCCCUUAACACCGCGCUAUCCGCUUUCUCCUCUCCUGAAUGCGGUAACAAGCUCGUGGUGGUUACCACCAGCGUGCCUGGCCACAAAGAGGCACCUUCUUCUAACCAGUGCUCCUACACUGAACCCCUUAAACCCUCUCUUGACGGAAAUCAAGUGGCCAAACGCCCGGGUUCGCACAUGGAUGGGUUCAAUGCGGUGGUGAGGGGUGCAGUGGAGGUGUACAGGAAGGCGAGGGGGAGGCAGGGUUGGGUGGGGGCGGAUGCAAUGGUCUUGGAUAUUCAUGCGGUGUCGGUCUGGCGACAGGACGGGCACCCGGGGGUGUAUACGGGAUCGACAUCAUCCACACCAUUCUCUCUGACCUCCUUCCUCCAGUCCUUCACCGCAUCGCACUCCAGCGAAUCCACCCAACACCGCACAGAAACCCUUUCCGACUCCUCCCAUCACCACGUCAUGAGGCGGCGCCUAGCUGGCAUCACGGAAUUGGUCGAGAAGAUCGAGCGGGCCGAGCAGGCGGUGUUCGAGCCGCAGGUGAUUCAGCGGCCGCCACUCCCAAGCGCCGUCGGGCGCGUGGAGCUUUACGUCGAUGACGGCAUGGCCGUCGACGGCGCGGAUACCUCCGAUGAUGUCAUGCUCUCUCCCGCUUCGCCGGACGAUGCCGCGGGGCCCGCCCUUCUUCCAUUGGACGACAAUCUGGUAACCGACGUUUCGCCCGUCGCGAAGAAGCAGGUGUUGGAGCGGUCGUCGCAGCGGGGCGCGGGUGGUGGUACCGGCAAUCCCAAGGAUCGCACGAGCUGCUCAAUGGAACGCGGCUCGUGGCAGGUGGAUCCCACGUGGCCACUGUACGACGCCACGUGUCCAUUCAUCUACGGGAAUCAAAACUGCGUAAAAAACGGCCGGCCGGACCGCCUAUUCGAGCGAAUCCGAUGGACAACCCCGGGCUGCCCGCUUCCCACGCUGAACAAAGCCACGCUCUGCAGCCUCGUCGCUGGAAAGAGCAUCGCAUUCAUAGGCGACUCCGUCACCCGCAACACGUUCGAGUCGCUCGCGUGCCUCAUGUACGGAUUCUACGGGAUGCCGGAGGAUCUGGCGGGCAUCAACAUGUCGUUCGGCCUGGAGCGCGGGUUCGUGUGGCCGUCGUGCAACUUCACCCUCGCGUUCUAUCGCACGAACUUCAUGGUGCAGUUGACGUUGGAUGAUCCCGGCAAGCCCAAGGGCGGCGGCGUGAUGGACUUGAACAAGCCGGACGAGAGAUGGAUGAGGCGACUGGAUCAACACGAUACCUUCGUUAUAAACACAGGUCAUUGGUGGACCGAGCAGAAGAUCCAUGGCUCAGGCUUCCGCUUUGCGCCGCCCCACCAGAAGCUGUCGGUAGCAGAGGGGUUUCAGAAGGCUUGGGAGAUGACCCUGGGGGUGUUUAAGAGCGACCGCAUGCGAGGCAAGGUGCUCGUCAUUCCCACUAAUUCGGCGACCCAUUUCACGGGCCAGGGCUUUAAGAGCGAGUGCCCGCACAAGGCUCCUAUGAACGCCACGGGGUUCCUUAAUGAUAGGUUUAUCAGGAAUUACAUGACGAUGGAGCCUUAUAAUGGGGUGAUGAGGAAGCUUGUAGCGGGGAUGCAUGGGAAGGAGAGGGCGGAGGGGAGAAUGCAAGGAGCUAAAGUGGUGCUGCUGGAUCAGGCUCGGCCGACCCUGUUCCGAAGCGACGGGCAUCCGGGCAAGUGGGCGCUCCUGCCCAACGGGGUGAGGGAUUGCGGACAUUUUUGCCUGCCCGGCGUGCCUGACGCUUGGAAUGAGAUGAUGCUGCAGCAGCUGUGGGUGCUGGACGAAGCACAGCGGGACUGA